AUGAAUCAUAUGCGUGAGGGUGGCACCGCUGGAAUAUCAUUAUCAGCGUCAGCAGCAUUGUGUCGAAUUAGUUCCGCUAAAAGUGCUGUACAAGUUCGUUGUCGCGCAUGUCAAGAAAUCUUAUCAUGUCCAUUGGCACUACGUGAACAUUGUGAGAGCCGAGCACACUCUGUCCGAAUAGCGCAGCUUGCAUCGAUGUCCACUGAAACUGGAUGCGCUCCGGAUGGUAGUUCUGCACCAAUGGCUGCGAUAUCGAUGUCACCCAGUCCAGAAACUGUUCUUGAGUGUCGACAUUGUUCUUUUGAGACAACUAAUGCUGCAGGUGCUAUCAAACAUAUGCAGCAACAUCCACCAAAUGUGGAAAAUACUGGACCAGAACAAGAAGGUUUAAAUCUGGAGACUAGUUGCGGUAAGUAUUUUAUGCAUUAG